AAUGUUCGCAUAAAAAAGGGUUAGAAAUUAUAACAAAUUUAAUUGUCUCACAUAGUGGAACAUAGCUCUAAGAGUAAUAAGAUGUUUGGAAGGGAAUGGAAUUUUCGUGUGACCUUAAGGACUACUCCGGGUGAAUGUGUUGGUGUGGUGGGCAACUGCCAUCAGCUAGGAAAUUGGAACCAUCAAAAUGGAAUUCUCUUGACUAAAAGUAUAAUCAACUCGUCUGACGGAAAUGAGAUUUGGCAGGGAACCACUCAACUACCAGUCGAUCAGGAAGUGCACUUUCGCUACUUUACUUGCAUCGUGUUGGAUCAUCAUUUAGAAGAAAAUGAAGUAAAUGGAAGGGUUUUGAUUAUGAGGAGAUGGGAGACUAACAUCUCACCAAGGAUCAUCAAAAUUAACAGUUCUCAAAAUGAUCUUAUUCAUAUUGAUCUCUUUGGAACUUACAAUGGAGAAACACGAGUGGAUCGAGGCUGGCUAACGAAAGAGACUGUUGUUCAACUCAAGUUAUACAACGACCCCAUUCGCAUGUGGAAGAAGUCUCUUCAUGGGAAAUCUUUUCGAGUGAAAGUAACCCCUGUUGACGUUGACUUUCCUUGCAACAAUACAGUACGAGACGGUGGUGUCGAUGAAAGUUGGGAUGUGCAAGACGUCCGUAAUGCUGUGAAAUCCUGGCCACUGAUUGAAGUUGCUUCAAUGAGUAGUGCCGAUUGCGAGUUCCAGCGUCAACAACAAUUUGGCGAGUUGAUGGAUCGCGGUUCCUACCUCAUUUUUCAAGCUCAAGUUACUAGACCCGAGUCGGUGACAUUUCUAGUGGACUUUUACGCCCAUAACUCAUCCGGAUUGGAUUCGUCGGAGCAUAUUGGAUUUUGUUACGUCCUGCAGAACAACAUGACCCAGAGUGAAGGCAGUGCCACGGUGCCCAUUACCAGUCCGAAGCACCUAGCUAUCGGCCAACUUAAAGUGGAUUAUCUGAUCGUGCGGCCCAUGAACGGAUUCGAAUGCGACAUGUCCAUCUCGUUUGCUCGUCAUUGGAAGCAUUCGUGGCGCGGCCUGGAAGUUGGACACCGUGGUGCCGGUAGCUCCUUCAAGGAGGCCUUAAAAAGUUGUUCCUCAAUUCGUGAGAAUACCAUAGCUUCGUUAGCUCACGCUGCCGAACAUGGAGCUGACAUGAUAGAGUUUGACGUCCAGCUGUCCAAGGACAUGGUACCUGUAAUUUACCAUGAUUUCUACGUCUAUACGGCCAUGAUGAGGAAAUUAGGCAAAGAUGAAUGUGGUAACGGCGCCAGUGAAGGUCCUUUUGAUAUGCUUCACCUGCCCAUCAAGGAGCUGACGUUAGCUCAGUUGCAGAAACUUAAAAUUUAUCACGUCAAAGAAAACAGUCGCGUACCCAAGCUCAAUGACGACGAUUUCGAUGAUCAUCAGCCAUUCCCUACGCUGCAGCGUGCCUUGGAGCAUUUGGAUCCACAUGUCGGAUUCAAUGUUGAAAUCAAGUGGACUAUGCAACUUAAGGAUGGAUCGUUUGAGCUCAACAAUCCGUUCGAACUCAAUGUGUACCUGGAUACGAUCCUGAAACCAGUUUUGAUGUACGGUGGGUCUCGAAAAAUUAUCUUUUCGUGUUUCCAUCCGGACAUUUGCACCGUGUUAAGAAUGAAGCAGAACAAAUAUCCAGUUAUGUUCCUCACUCAGGGUAUCACGGCGAAAUUUGCCGACUACCACGAUCCGCGUACCCACAACAUCCCGACGGGCGUGCACUUUGUUUUAUCCAUAGGAAUACUGGGUUUGUGCGUUCAUUCUGAAGAUAUUCUGCGCGAUCCUACCCAAGUGGCUUUAGUUCAAAGUCGAGGAUUGAUCCUGUUCUGCUGGGGAGAGGAUAACAACGACCAGGCCACUAUUCGCUACUUGAAGAACUUGGGCCUCAACGGCAUCAUCUACGACAAAAUCGACGUGCACAGCGCCAAAGAAACGAAAGAGUCUAUUUUCCUCGUCGAGGCCAGACAGGAGCAAAAAGAAUUGAUCAAAAUUGCGUCGUCGACUUCAUCCAGUUCCUAAAUUCUAUUUAGAUUUGGCUUCCUUCAAUACCGUCGCGUUUGCAUCGUUCGGCUUGCGUUUUCACUCGUUAUUAGUCUUCUACUUUUUUCUUCUUCUUCUUCUUUAAUUAACAAAGUUCUUUUCCAAAAAGAAAAUUCUAGUGCAUUCCGGGUGCAAGAAAAACAAAAUUAAAAUGAGGAAAGUUUGUGCGUCCCGGUUUAUGUUUUCAGUGUGUGUGUGUUUUCAGAAACCAACAAAACAAAAAACAAUAAACAAUAGCUUCCUGUUAUUUCGUGGCGUGGCAACAUCAAAAUAGUGUAUUAAUAAUGUCAAAACCCAAUGUUUAAUAACAAUAAAAAUAAGAGGGUGCCGGA